CGGAUGCACAGGAGUCAGGACGUCGAGUGUUCAUCAGAUCCUGUGCGGCGGCGGGCGCGUGGAAGCUGCGUCGUAUCUGUUCCAGAGGCGCUGCGGUGUGCCUUAGUGUCGAGAGAUGAAACUAGCGUAUCAGUUAACCUCGGUCUUGUUGCUGGCGGCUUGUAUCUGUCUGGCGAAUGAGAGCCGGAGAACGCACGGCGAGGGCGGGCACCACCGCAGAGACACGGGCGUGCAGCAUGGGCGCGGCGGCAGGGACAGAGACCACGCAGGGGACGAGGAAACCAUGAGGUCGUGGGUGAGGGAGGAGAGGAGGAGGCUGAAGGAGGAGAGGCGGCAGGACAGGUGGGAGAGGAGGGAGGAGCGGCGGCGCCAGCGACAGGACGGCCGACGGAGCGGCUCGAGGCCCGACGCCCCCGAGGACGACUUGGGGCCUGAGCGAGGCGUCGCCCCCGCGCAGCCCCCGAGGGCGAGGACGCGGAACGAGAUGGCUCAGCCCCCGCAGUCGCAAGGGCACGAGGCUCCUGCAGCAGGAGGCGCGUCCCGUCACUCCGGCAGGGAGGCACAGGGCUCGUCGCGCGUUGACAAUCAGCACAGCCAAGAGGUGAUCAACAUGGAAUGGAUGAGAGCCAACCUGUCUUCCCUGUGGGUCGUGGUGCGGGAACUGUCCAGGCAGCAUGCCCGUUUCGUCGGGCACCGAGGCCACGCCGGACGGGGGCGCGGCCACGGCUCCGUGGGACCUGUCAUAGGCGAGGGCCAUCCUUCGUGCCCCGUGGGUGACGACGACUGCAGGAUGGAAGGAAGUGAAGUCUGCGGGGGCCACGGAGAGUGCUCCUGCGGCCACUGCAUCUGCCACCCGGGAUACUACGGGACUUACUGCCAGUGUAGUGACCAUACGUGCCCGCUCUACGACGGGAUGAAGUGCGGCGGCCCCACCCGAGGCCAGUGCCGCUGCGGGGGCUGCGUGUGCCGCCCUGGCUACACCGGAGAGGCCUGCGACUGCCCGACGGACACCCUCGGCUGCGUCGGCUCCGCGAACGGCACCAUCUGCUCGGCUCAAGGGACGUGCGAGUGCGGCCGCUGCCGAUGCGACGACGGGUACAAAGGCAUGUACUGCGAGGACACAGUUUAUGCAGCUGGUGUCUGUGAAAAGCUUAAACCCUGCGUCCUCUGCAAGGCCUGGAAUCGCGACUUGCUGAUUUGUGCCGACUGUCAGAUCACGAUUACCAUGGUCGAUAAUCUAGAACCUGCAAAGAACACCUGCGUGAUGGUUAACUCAGGAUGCAUCUUAAAGUAUUCCUACAUUCCCCAAGGACCCGAUGCAUACACUGUCCUUGUGCCCCGGGAUAUGCAAUGUCCCCCCAAAACUGAAGACGAGUGAGUCAAGACAGAAGCUCUCUCUCUCAAGACUGACGAACGGGAGCGUUGGUGGAACUCUGCGAGGAUCAGCUUCCUUCUCUCGGUCUUAUUUUUAUUUUGUCAAUUAAGAGGCACGACGAUGAUCUGUUUAAUUCAGAUCUGUAAUUUCAGUGCAAUGAUAUAUACAUAUUUUUUUUGAGGUUGGUUUAGUCUGUUUGUGAAUUAUUUUAUACAUCAUGUUUUGCCUUACAAUACAAAUAUGUCUUUUUAUUUUUAUUUGAUCUAGUAUUAUAAACUAGUACAUUUUGAUCAUGUUUCAUUGUUUACCACAACUUUCGAUCUACCUCUUCUAAUAGUUAUUCUAAUAUAUUUGGUAAUAAUCAUUGGAAAGAAAUCGCAAUAAAUCUGAUGGUAUAGAUUCAGAAAAUUAAUGGCUGUUCAAGGUUAAAAAUACUAGUGUUUUAUAUGACCAUAACAAAAUAAAAGUCAUCAAAAGACUCAUAUAACAUUACAUCCAAAUGAUUAUUUCUUUUGUUCAGUAAAUUAUUAAUUUUUGGUCUAUUUAUUUAUUUUUUAAUAUAAUUUUCAUUGUUUUUAGUUUUUUUUGAGACAAGAAAUGUCAGGAAGUGUUAUUUUAUAUUCUACCCUCAUAAUGCAUUAUUGGAUGCUGGAGCUACUUCUGCUAGUAAAUUUAUAUCAAUACUAUUGUAUAUUUUUUUUUUGUUUCCACGCUAUGAUGCUCUUACGCCGAAGACCAAUAUGCAUAAACAAAAAUCUUUGAAUAAGACAACCACUAGCAUAAAGGAAUUAUAAAAAUAUAUAUACUAAUCAUAUUUAUUCUAAAAAAUAUUGGAGAGCAAAAUAUAAUUCAAUGUAUACUAUCUGUCAAAAAAAUCAACAUAUACUAUCUUGCAAAAAACAAAAAAACAAAAAUAAAAACAACAGGCAUGAACACCAGCAUGCCACACUGAACUUCGUUUCAAACCAUUACAAAAAAAAAAAUAAAGCAAUAAAUCAAAUGAUAAAACUGGUGUUUCAUUGCGAGAUUCAGCAUAAACUGUCUUUCUUUUAUUUCUAUUUUUUUAUAAACUGUGUAUACUGAGGCAUUGGUAUUAAAUAUGAAUAUGAA